AUGGCAGACUACACUUAUGCCGUUUACUACGGUACCUUCAUCCACCUCCCACUUCUGCCGGAGCAGUCUGCCACACCCACUUCGCCGCCAAAACAUAAAUUAUCUAUCAACCACGGUGCUCUGUGGGUUUCGCAGCCAGAUGGGAAGAUUGCCGGAACUGACUGGGAGGUGAAGGAUGAGGCGGGACUGGGAGAGUUGAUUAAGAGGAUGGGUUGGAGGGUGGAAGGCGAGCGUGAGGGCGAUGGAGCAGGAGCAGGAGAGUUGGUGAGAAUUGUAAAGUCUCGGAAGCAAAGGAAUGGCUUCUUUUUCCCGGGAUUUAUUGACUCCCACAUCCAUGCACCUCAAUAUCCCAACUCCGGCAUAUUCGGCUCCUCUACUCUUCUAGACUGGCUAGAAACAUACACUUUUCCCCUGGAAUCGUCCUUCGGCAACAAGGACAACCCUUCUGAAGCCCCGCAAUCUGCUCACACAGCCUAUAAUCGUGUGGUAUCCAAAACUCUCUCCCACGGCACCACCUGCGCCGCCUACUUCGCAACCAUCCACGUCCCCGCUACCAACCUCCUUGCAACAAUCUGCCACACAAAGGGCCAGCGCGCCCUCGUCGGACGCGUCUGCAUGGAUAACCAUGACCUCUGCCCGGACUACUACCGCGAUAAUUCCACCGCCUCCUCCCUCGCCGCCACAAAAGCAACAAUCGCCCACAUCCACACCCUCGACCCAUCCUCCACCCUCAUCAGACCAAUCAUAACCCCGCGCUUCGCCCCCUCUUGCACCCCCGCCGCGCUCAGUCAACUCGGCGCCCUCGCUGCCUCCACCUCCCCGCCCACCCCAAUCCAAACCCACAUCUCCGAAAACCUCAAUGAAAUCUCCCUCGUCGCAGAGCUGUUCCCCACUGCCAAAUCCUACGCGGACGUCUACGACUCCGCAGGCCUGCUGACCCCACACACCAUCCUCGCGCACGCCGUGCAUCUCUCCGCCGACGAGCGCGCGCUUGUCGCCGCGCGUCGCUCGGCCGUGGCACAUUGUCCCGCUUCUAACUCCGCGAUCGGCUCCGGGCUGUGUCCCGUGCGCGAAUUGCUCGAUGAUGGCAUCACGGUCGGCCUGGGAACGGAUGUAUCUGGCGGCUGGAGCCCGAGUAUCCUUGAGGCGGUGCGGCAGGCAUGUCUUGUCUCGCGGCUUGUGCGGUUUGGUAAUACCAGUGCUGCUGCUGCGGGCGGAACGGGGAAUGGGCGUGAGAAGAUUAGCGUUGAGGAAGGGUUGUAUUUGGCUACCCGAGGCGGGGCGAGGGUUGUUGGGUUGCAGGAUGUAAUUGGUGGGUUUGAGGUGGGCAUGUAUUGGGAUGCGCAGAUGGUAGAGAUCGGGGAGCAGGUUGAUGCCUGUGGUGAUUGCAGUCGAGGAGGAAAUACCAGUAAUGUGGAUAUUUUUGGGUGGGAGUCGUGGGAGGAGAAAAUCGCGAAAUGGGUUUGGAAUGGGGAUGAUAGGAAUGUAAAGGCUGUAUGGGUUGCGGGGAGGUUAGUACAUGGAGACAGAAACAACAUUGAAAGCGCGAUGGAGAGCAAAAAGCCAUUUCGCGUUCUCAUAGUAGGAGGAGGAAUCUCUGGCCUCUCGCUGGCGAAUAUGCUCCAGGAGAAGAGCAUCGAGUUCCUCCUGCUGGAAGCUUACCCAGACAUUGCUCCCCAGGUCGGGGCCAGCAUCGGAUUCCAGCCUCAUGGGCUUCGAAUCCUAGACCAGCUGGGCAUGUAUCAGGACUUCUGCAGACAGGUCACUGUUGUCAAUCAGUUUGACAUGCGAGGCGAUAAGGGCGAGCUGCUGGCUUCCUUCCCUGAUAUUGAGAACGGCUUCGUCCAGCGUCAUGGAUAUCCUCUCAUAUUCCUCGAGCGCCAGCUGGCUUUGAAAAUAUUCUACUCGCACUUGGAUAAAUCAAAGGUCUUGACGGGAAAGGCAGUGUGCAAUGUUGCGCUUUUACACGAUGGCGUCACCGUCACGACGAAAGAUGGGAGUGUGUAUUCAGGGGAUAUUGUUGUUGGAUGCGAUGGCAUCCACAGCGAAGUUCGCCGCGAGAUGGUGAGACUGGCAAAUGAAGCCUCUCCUGGAUACUUCCCUUCCAGAGAAUAUGAUGAUAUGCCGUGUGACUAUGGCUGCGUCUUUGGCAUAUCCAAGCUUCCUACCCCUAUACCUGCGGGCUGCUUUACUAGCGCGCCUCGACACAAUAACUCAUAUGGAAUUCUGGGCGGUCUCCAUGGCCAUGUCUACUGGUUUCACUUUUUUAAGCUGCAGAAGCCCGCCUAUGGGGCAGGCAUCCCACGAUUCACUAAGGAGGAUGAGUUACGACAUAUUGAGAAGCAUAAAAGCGAUAUACUCGCCCCUGGCUUGAGCUUCGAGGACCUUAUAAGGGGGCACAUCGUGUAUAAUAUGACUGCGCUUCCAGAAUACACUUUUCAGCAGUGGCAUUACAACCGGCUCAUAACAAUUGGUGACGCUGCGCACAAGUUUCAUCCAAUUGCUGGUCAUGGGGGCAAUUCAGCCCUCGAGUCUGGUGUCGCUCUAACCAAUGCUUUGGCACGAGCGCUCAAGGGAUCAACUUCCAAUGCACUAUCCAAUUCGCAAAUCUCGGAUAUCUUCCAGGGCGUCCAGAACCUGCGCCAUAAGACAGUAAAGAGGCUAAUUGCAGUGUCUCACACCCACCAGCGCGUACAAUGUUUAGAAAGUCCCUUUGCCAGAUUUUUCACACUACACCUACUCCCGCGACUCCAUGUAGAUCGCGUCCUUGACAAUAACUCACAGUUUUGUCCACAGGCGCAAAUGUUGGAGAAUGUCGCCCUACCUCACCAGCCACGACUUGUUCCAUUUGACUCUGACAUCCUCAACCCCCCUUACAGGAGAGGCUGGUAUGGUUGGGCUUUGGCUUCGUUUUUCCUAGCGCUCUCAGCUAUUCGAUUUGGGAUGGUAGAUGUCUGGGAUACGACAGAACGGGCAUCAGGCUCGGUUGAAAAUGCCAACAUGGUUCCGUCCUUAGGAAUCGAGUUCCUUUAUAAAGCUCUGUCCAGUUCCCUUCCACGUCAUGAAACUGUCAACAGGAUGCUUGCACCUGGUCAAUGUAUUCUGCAUCUGUAUUUUGUUAUUUCGCUUUUCCCUAUGGUUGCCAUAUACACAAUUGAGUCUGUCAGGAAACGCAACAGCUUGAACUUACUUACCUUCACAAGCUUUUGGGCCAUCCUAUAUCAAGUCUUUGGCAUUGCCAUUAUUGGGCCCCUGUACUAUAUAGCAUACAUUCUAACAUCAUCAAACACGAAUUACUGGUGGCCAGUCUCCCGUCAAGUUCCAACAUCCUACGCGAAGGCACUGCUCCCAGCACUCCUACUCGGCUACCUCCUACCUACCCUCUUAUUUUCAUAUCACGGAUACUCGGGCCGCCGCCUCGCUGAAGUCAUGUCCCUAAUCUGGAAACCAGCCCCUAUAUACGUCAACAUCAUCCUCAGCCUUCUUUCCACAGUAUACGCCAAAGGCUACCCGGACAGCCCUCGAACUCCACCGGCAGAUAAACCCAUGCCAGACCUUCCAUUCCUGAACCGCGUCUACCUUUUGGUCUUCAAUGUUGCCGCGUUAACACAUUUCUUUACCCUCUCCGCGGCGCUCGCGCCUAGUUAUCCAGGCAUAUCCAUCGUGGAUAUCUUCAUCCCACUCGCCAUCGGCAGUUUGGAACUUCCCUCUGUGCCUGAGACGCGUACCCGCACCCUCUGGCUUGUGGACUUUGGGGUCUUCUGGAUCGCUACAACGGUCUGGUGCGUUCUAGCCGUGUGGGAUAUGAAUCGUGUUGGCAGGGCACGGGUUAACAUAGGCGUGGCGGUUGGGGCCAUUAUGAUGGGUACUGUUGCUGUUGGACCUGGGGCAACGGCGGCGACUGUUUGGUAUUGGCGGGAGGAGAAGAUGGCGAAGGUUUUGUUCAAGAAAGUAAGAGGGGAUAAACUGAAAUAAUAGCAGCUUCGGAUUUUCAGCGAGUUUGUGGAAAUAGUCGUACCAUACAUAUAAAGUAACUGCCUAAGGUUUUCAUACUCUCUGCCCUCGUGAGGGUUGUUGUGUAGAGAUUAUAUAGAUAAUUUUACAUCUCUCUACUUUUCACCCCCUGUUUAAUGGAUC